AUGCCAGACCAGAAGUUCGGAGACUUUGCCGCCCUGGCCAUCAAGGCUGGAGCCCAACAGCUCCACUUGAACAACACCCGCGUAACGGACACGGACUCGCAGAAGGCACUUCUCGAGUACCAGGACCGCAUUUCUGCGGACACCGCGACAAAAACUAUGUUGGUCGACACGGCCUACGCGAAGACGCAGCCGCAGAAGAUCUUGGAUUACUCGGAGGACUUGUCAGAAGGAGACAAGAGGAUGAUGCUGGCCAUGAAGGGAGAGUUCUGCCGGAAGUGCGGUAUGAAGAACUGCCGCUGCGUGGACUACUCCAAGUAUGGCGAGGGCACGAAGAAGCAGCGGAUAGCAUAG